UCUCUCUCUCUCUCUCUCUCUCUCUCUCUCUCUCUCUCUCAAAUCGCCUAUUUAGCCAAAGGAAGGAGGUAAGGGGAGCGCCCCCCCCUCCAAAAAACUAACAAAACUUUCCCAGUCGGGACCAAGUGGUCGCAGACUGGCCAUGGAGCUGCUGUGCUGCGAGGCGGACCCGGUCCGCAGGGCUGUGCCAGACCGCAACCUGCUGGAAGACCGCGUCCUGCAGAACCUGUUGACCAUCGAGGAGCGCUACCUCCCGCAGUGCUCCUAUUUCAAGUGCGUGCAGAAGGACAUUCAACCUUACAUGCGCAGGAUGGUGGCCACCUGGAUGCUAGAGGUCUGCGAGGAACAGAAGUGUGAAGAGGAAGUCUUCCCUUUGGCCAUGAAUUAUCUGGACCGUUUCUUGGCUGGAGUCCCGACUCCUAAGACCCACCUUCAGCUCCUGGGUGCAGUGUGCAUGUUCCUAGCCUCUAAGCUCAAAGAGACCAUCCCGCUGACUGCCGAGAAGCUGUGCAUUUACACCGACAACUCCGUGAAGCCCCAGGAGCUGCUGGAGUGGGAGCUGGUGGUUCUGGGCAAACUGAAGUGGAACCUGGCUGCAGUCACCCCUCACGACUUCAUUGAGCACAUCCUGCGCAAGCUGCCCCAGCAGAAGGAGAAGCUAUCCCUGAUCCGCAAGCAUGCGCAGACCUUCAUCGCUCUGUGUGCUACCGACUUCAAGUUUGCCAUGUACCCACCAUCCAUGAUCGCAACCGGAAGUGUGGGAGCAGCCAUCUGUGGGCUCCAGCAGGAUGACGAAGAGAACGCACUCACGUGUGACGUACUGACGGAACUGCUGGCCAAGAUCACCCACACUGAUGUGGAUUGUCUCAGAGCCUGUCAGGAGCAAAUUGAGGCUGUGCUGCUCAACAGCCUGCAGCAGUUUCGUCAAGAGCAGCAUAAUGGAUCCAAGUCUGUGGAAGAUCUGGACCAAGCCACCACCCCUACAGAUGUUCGGGAUGUUGACCUGUGAGGAUGCCGUUUGGGCCAGCAAGAGAGAGGCAUACUCAUCACCUGCUCGCUCCUUCUCUCUCUAAUUAUGUUUUGUUCUUUGUGUUUUAGAGUGAAACUUAAAAAAAAAAAAAAAAAAGAAAGAAAAAACUGCCCCCACCUAGAUCAUAUUUAAAGAUCUUUUAGAAGUGAGAGGAAAAAGGCCCUAUAAUUGAAAAGCAUGUGGUGCCUGUUCAAAGUAGAGCAUGAGGGGAUCCCUUGUAUACGAGAACAGUUGUUGUUUGACGAUGUAAAAGUUAUAGUGAGAUGCUUACAAGAGAACUCGCAGACUAGCUCGAGAUUAUGUACACCUGCAAUAUGGGAACAAAUUAGAGGACACUGUCUUUUGUGCUUGGGAACUAGUCCAUAUGCCCCUUUUAAUAGACUUGCAAGGAGCCGUGGAUACCAGGAAGGCAUGAUUAGAUUGCAAAGCAGUGAACCCAAGGAGGAAUCAGGAGCAAGAAGGGACAGGCUGGGAAGGUUGCACAGAACCACCUGUCCACAUGACUGAACCAUUUUGGAAGUAAGAAGCACCUUGAUGCCUACCAUGUGUUACCCAGACCUAGCAUGGCGGGCGUCUCUGCCUUGCAUAUUCUCGCUGUCUACAGUAGCUGCUAUCUAAGGGAUGUUUUUUUUCUUUUUUGCCAGUUGGACACAGGUGAUUGGCUUCUAAGUCUCAUAUUUGGUGAGUUUGUGCUUCUUCCUCCAAACAUGGUUCAUUGUCGAUGUAUCCUACUGUUAUCUGACGGAGGGAAUUAGCUAUGGGCCCUGACCAAACUCAUCUAAAUGGUGGCAGAUGGAGACCGUAAGUGGAAUCUGAAACAAAGCUUUUUUAUGUAACAGAAGAGGGCAAGAUGAUCUUGAAUCCCUUAUUAGGAAACAACAACAACUUAAUUUUCGGUGCUGAUUGGCAUUUCUGGUCCACAGUUUAACAUUGCUAUAAACCAUUCCAUUAGAAAAGCACUUUGAAAAAUUGUUCCAGGGUGGGGGGUGGGGACAUAGAUGGGAUGGUUUAUACAGUCAUGUUGAAUACUCCUUCCUGCUUUGCCCCUCCCCUUCCUGUCCCCUCCCAUCACUAUUCAUUUCCAGAGUCUGAUGUUCUGGUACCUAGCCCUGGUGUCCUUAUCAGGACUAAGAGAUCCAUCCGCUGACAUUCCCAUCUUAGCCUAAAAACAAAGGUCUAAACCAUCCUGAUGGCAUAGAGGGAUUGAAUUCUGUAUUUUUCUCCUUUGGACAUGUAAAGAAACAUCAGGGUGUGACAUUUUGCUCCCUUUUCCGUUCCCCCCUCCCCCCAUUUGUUUGUUUGUUAAUUUUACUGCAAAGUUUUAUUCAUUGUACUUGAAUUUUUCCUCUCCCACUUCUUUGAGGCAGUCAGUAAACAGAAGUUGGAGCCACAGCUGUUAAUUGACAGACAAUGAAGCUAUUUGUUAAAAUAUUUGCCUUUUUUUUUUUUUUUUUUUUUUUUAAGAGAAAAGAUUGGAACAGGAAUGAUUUGAAGAAGUAAUUUCACACACAGGUUCUGCCUUGUGUCAUUGUGAGGGUUGAAGACAGAGAAACAUCUAGGGUCCCUUUUUUUUUUUUUUUUUAUUCUGUUUUUUAUUAUUAUUUUUCGCUGCUAAGCUGAGAUCAUUCAUCCCUAGUCACAUUAACAGUACCUAGCUGUAAUGUUUCACGGUGUGCUGCUAUUUUAGAAACAUUGUUAUAAUAUAUUAUUUUACUGCUUAAAUUUCAAGUCCCGAAGUAGAUGGUUGAGAUGAGUUCUUUGUACUGGAAACGCUUUUCCUUGGUUCGUUUUCUUCUGGUAGCAUAUUGAUGACUUGUAUUUCAUCUUGUUUUGUUCCUUUUCUUUCAUGGCUCUCCCCCCUCUGUCCCCCAUCACAUUCUUCAAAGAGAGUAUUAUUUACCUCAGGUUUACUGGACAAAAUCAAUAAUGGUAACAAUGUACGUUUUUGUUUUCAUGAUACCUCAUACCCUCACAGUUUCUGUUCGCAAGGCGGCUACCAGGAGACACAGAGAUGAGAGCAGGCAGAAGGCAGAAGCUGGGCAUCCUCCUGGGUAGAGGGCAGAAGGGACCUGACCCCAGGGUCUCAGGCCCAGGGAUCUUUCCAGUCUCAAAGGUCACCAGGCUCCCCUUUGACUCAGGCUCCCUUCUCAUGGUGAAAGAACACGCUGAAGGAAGAGCUCCUCCAUGCAAGGCAGACACUCCACAAACCCAGGCAGUGAGCUAGCUAAGCCUGAUUUGCAUCAUUCACCAGAAUGAGCAAUCAAGAAUUCCGGCAGACUAUUAGGAGACACACACGCCCAUCUUAUAGACCGCGAGAAACAGGACUUUCUUCUUCGUAGGGCUCCUUCAUCAUGAAAGUUGACCAGUUUCCUUCUGGACGCUGACACCCCAACUUGGGAUGGUCUUCGAAGUCUUCCUAGACUGAGUCUAUAGCAUACAUUUCUCAUUCCUGUCCUCCACCGUGGCAGGCAAGUGCUCUGUAAGGGACAGGGUGUCUGUGGGGGGCCUUGAAUGGCUUCAGGUUUUCAAUCCCAUUGAGUGGGUCAGAUAGGAAGCACAGGUUGAGUGGGUGUGGGAUGCACGUUGAAAGGGAAUGAGAGGCCAUCCCUCUGGUCUCGAGAGUAUUUAGGAAGGAUCAGGACUUGGUGAGGUAGCACGACCCUAAAAUUCUAGGGAGUUUGUGGUAUAACAGUGGGUGAUGAAUCGGGAAGUAGGAGAGGGGAAGGGGAUUGGCCCACAGCUAGCCGUGUUUCUCCAGAGCUCGCAUCGCACAGCCCACUCCCCUGGUCUUUAAGAACCUGGCAGGCACUGUCUCUUUAGUUCUUGGGCAAAUGGGGAGAGUUACACAAGGCCUUGGAGGUUAGCAGGGACACAGAAUGAAGGGAGCUGACACAGCAGGGGAGGAGCAGUCUCCCUCCAGUCCUCUCAUCUGGACAGAGAAGACACUUCUGUCUGCCUCCUCGGAGCCUGUGUGGCGAGGCCUGAAGAAUGGCUAUUCUGCCUGCUCUUUGCUUACACCAAGGGAAGGGAGCCUGGAUCUUUGGUGACCAAUACCCUCUGCUUAGAUUUGGAUCUCCUUGGUAGUAUUUUUGUCCCAGAGGGGUAUAAAUCACCCCGUGGAUUUCAGCUGGCCCCCUCCCCCAUCUCCUUCACAUCCUACAAAAGGGAUUGCAGACGCUGAUCUUUUUCUGCCUUUGUUAAUGAGCUCUUGGUUUUUGUUUUUUGUUUUGUUUUUUUUUUUCCUUUGUCAUCAUUGUUGUUUGUUCUUUCUCCAUCCGUGGGGGCCAAGUUGUUCCCCAAGCCUGCCAAAUUUUGGUCCUUCCCUGUUUUGACCAAAUCCUAGAGGGGAGGAAACCCUAGUAUGCCAAAAAUAAUAUCCUAAGCAUAGGAGAUUCCUAACAGUCCCUUAAUAGCCAGGCAGCCUGCAAGAGGACAAAGGCUGACCAUCCACCUGUGCUAAGUAGCUAGCUCCUUCUAGAAGGGAUAGCGUUUAGAAGUUGCUUUGGUUUGAACUGUCCCCAGGACGACACAGAAGAGCAGGGCACAUCUUGGAGGCAGCUAGCGUGAGGUGUGUGCUUACCAAGACAGACUGGUAGCAGCCAGACAGGCUGGGGGUAUAUGUAGCUGUCCUGGAUCCCCUCCUGUUGCUAGCAGGAUAAGUGACCCCUCAGAAGGCGCUUAAUAGCUUUCUUAUGGUCUAGCUCUUUGGGGACCUACCAACCUGUGCCUUGAGAGCUGUAGGACCAACAGACUAAAAUUGAAUGGCUUUCACAGAGAGAGCUGAUGAGCAUUCUCUACGUGGGUGGACUGUGGGGACAGGACUGGGAGGAUCACACUUGUACCUUAUGUCCUGUAAAUACUGAUUUUCUAGUUCAAGAAGGGUAUACUGGUGGUGUGGCAAACUGGAGGUAGCAAUAAGAAGUCUAAGUAAGCCAGUUGACUUCUAAGCCCAAAGGAUUCCUCUUUGCUUAUCUUAGACAGUCAAACCUUGGGAAUAGCUUUAAAAGGGAAAUGAAUAACGAGUCAAUGAAGUCCCCUUAAGUCGACAAGCCCCUCCAUCGGUGCACAUUGCACACAAGCUUUUAUCGGUGCAGACUCUGGGUGGUUGUGAACAGCUACAGCAGCAUGUUCAUCCAUUUGUACAAAAUCAGGUAGGAAGAUUCAGGAGGUGGUGUGACUUCCUUGCCCCACGUGGCCUUUGAUGAUUCUAGAGUCUAAACAGAAGAGGCGCUUGAGCCAGAACCUGUGCCUUUCUGCUUUUAAACUUGGCUGGGGCCGUCAGAACCAUUCUCGGCUCCAGUUUUAAGAAGCCAUCAACAAAUACACUUGACGGAGCUGCAGGACCAUCACCUGCUUGCAGCCCACUUGUGGGGGAGAAGUGCCUUAUUGACAGUAGCCAUUACAGUAGCCACUCGAUUUCAACAGGUGCCUAACUUUGACAAAAAAGAAGAAGAAAAAAAAAAAAAACCUUAAAAAGUUCUCUUAAGUUUCAUUGGCUGUCAUUCUUAUGCUGAUCAUCUUAUAUGUCCCUAGCAAGUCACCAGGCCAUUGAAUUGUCACGAUUAUGUUUAUCAUCCUUCUGCCAUGUACCUCAGAUCUAUCAGUUAUGAUCUUUUGUCUUGGAUUAUUAUUUUCUUUCUUCUCUUAAUUUGCUUUAAGAGUGUGAUGCCAUAUCAAAUCAAUGUUAUUCUCUCACAGUGUACUCUAUAACAGGUGUGGGUGGUUUUUAUGGUUGGGAUACUAGAAAAUGCUAAAGUAGCAUGAUCAGUGUGAACAAAAAAAAAAAGGUCUUUAGGAAAUCUGGGGAAACACAUUGUAUUGACUAUGAUGGUGAUGUCACAUAGUCAGCUGUUAAGUUUUGAUGUGAUCUUAAAAAGAAUAACAUGUUCUGACUAGUUCGAAGUUGGAUUUGAGGAUGGAGUUGUAAGUGGUUUUGAAUGCAAUUAGGUUAUGCUAUUUGGACAAUAAACUCACCUUGACCUAAAA